AGUUCCAAGUUUGGAGCUUUUAGCUGCCAGCCCUGGCCCAUCAUGUAGCUGCAGCACAGCCUUCCCUAACGUUGCAACUGGGGGAAAAAUCACUUUCCAGUCUGCUUUGCAAGGUGUGCAUUUCUAUCUGGAUCCCCUGGAAGUCCAUCUGCUGCCUCGGUCAAGAGAAACUCCACUUGCAUGAAGAUUGCACGCCUGCAGCUUGCAUCUUUGUUGCAAAACUAGCUACAGAAGAGAAGCAAGGCAAAGUCUUUUGUGCUCCCCUCCCCCAUCAAAGGAAAGGGGAAAAUGUCUCAGUCGAAAGGCAAGAAGCGAAACCCUGGCCUUAAAAUUCCCAAAGAAGCGUUUGAACAACCUCAGACCAGUUCCACGCCACCUCGAGAUUUAGACUCCAAAGCUUGCAUUUCUAUUGGAAAUCAGAACUUUGAGGUGAAGGCGGAUGACCUGGAGCCCAUCGUGGAGCUGGGCCGGGGGGCGUACGGGGUGGUGGAGAAGAUGCGGCACGUGCCCAGCGAGCAGAUCAUGGCGGUGAAGCGGAUCCGGGCCACGGUCAACAGCCAAGAGCAGAAGCGGCUACUGAUGGAUCUGGAUAUCUCCAUGAGGACCGUGGACUGUCCCUUCACGGUCACCUUUUACGGCGCGCUCUUCCGAGAGGGGGAUGUCUGGAUCUGCAUGGAGCUCAUGGACACGUCCCUAGAUAAAUUCUACAAACAAGUGAUCGAUAAAGGCCAAACAAUCCCAGAGGACAUCUUAGGGAAAAUAGCAGUUUCUAUUGUAAAAGCCUUAGAACAUUUACACAGUAAGCUGUCUGUCAUUCACCGAGAUGUCAAGCCCUCCAACGUGCUCAUCAACGCCCUGGGGCAGGUGAAGAUGUGCGACUUCGGCAUCAGCGGCUACCUGGUCGACUCCGUGGCUAAAACCAUCGAUGCCGGAUGCAAACCGUACAUGGCUCCUGAGAGAAUAAACCCAGAGCUCAACCAGAAGGGAUACAGCGUGAAGUCCGACAUCUGGAGUUUGGGCAUCACCAUGAUCGAGCUGGCCAUCCUCCGGUUCCCCUACGACUCGUGGGGGACUCCUUUCCAGCAGCUCAAACAGGUGGUGGAGGAGCCGUCGCCGCAGCUGCCCGCAGACAAGUUCUCCGAAGAGUUUGUUGACUUUACCUCACAGUGCUUGAAGAAGAAUUCCAAAGAAAGGCCAACAUAUCCAGAGCUUAUGCAACAUCCGUUUUUCACCCUACACGAAUCCAAAGCGACAGACGUGGCAUCUUUUGUAAAAUCGAUUCUUGGAGACUAAAUACCAUGGACUCCAUCGGUUGACCCUCCUGUGGAUUGGUGGGUUUACAGGCUGAUGUUCACUAAAGCGCCAAUAGAAACUCAUCUUUGAGAUAAUUUAACCCUGCCUCUCAGAAGGUUUUUUUUCUCCCCAUUUUCUCUUUUUUUUUCCCCCUCCAAAGGGGGCCUUGGAAUCUAUAGUUAUAGAAUGAACUGUCUAGAUGGAUGAAAUAUGAUAAAGCUUAGGACUUAAAAAGGUGAUUAAAUAUUUAAUGAUGUGUCAUAUGA